AUGGCGCCAGGGCGAGCUCGGAAUCCCCAGUUCCUGGUGGCGCCACGGCGAGCUCCAUCGGAUGGCCGCUUUGCUACUGCGGGAGCAAGUCGGAUGGCAUCUCGUUUUCACUCUCUGAAACUUAUGAGGAAGCACGGCUCGCUAGAAAAUCUAGUAAGUGCAGCGGCAAUUCGGACGGUUGUGAAGCCAUACAUGCAAGAUGCUCUCAAGGAGCAUUCCGUGUUGCUUGAGAAAAACUUGGAAGUUUUGUCCUUACGCAGGUUGUUUAGCAGCGGUGAACUGAUCAGGCUCAAGAAACCUCAGGGUCUUUCAAAUGAAGUGUACAGACGAAUGCAACGUCAGGGAUUGAAACCAGCCAUUGGCAUUGUUGUUGGUGCUCUCAAGAGUGGAAAUGGUGAAAUGGCUCUACAGUUGUUUGCUCCUCUGGGAGACGAAGGGUACAAACCGGAUCGAGUAUCAGUUCCUGGUGCUCUCAAGGCUUGUUCCAGCUUGAUAGAGAAGGAUUCCGGGCAGGCUUUGGAUGGUCAACGGGUGGUAUUCUUAGAGAGGAGCAGGGAGAUUCACAGGAAAGCAGUAAAACUUGGCUUAGACUCGGAUCUCUUCGUCGCGAGCACCUUGAUUGAUCUUUACGCAAAAUGUGGGAGCUUGACAGAGGCUCGUCGAGUUUUCGAAGGAAUGAGCCAUCGUAGUGUGGUGACAUGGAACUGCAUGAUUCUCGGGUAUGCCAGCAGCGGCGAGGGUGGUGAAGCUCUCGAUAUCUAUGCUCGAAUGCGUCGUGGAGACACUCCACCGGAUGCUUUAACUUUCAUCGCAGCGCUGAAAGCUUGUUGCCGUCUUGCGGACGAGGAACUUGCCCAUGCCCCGGCACGCAUUCGUGGCAUGUUUGUUCCCCCAUCGAUGGAUCGAUCAGUUGUUUAUGGUGAAGAAGAAACGGAAGUCUUGAAGAUUCAGUAG